AUGGAUGGAACGGUGGCCCUUCGCACAUGUGUCUUUCUGGCUGUCUACUCUUUCACCUUCGUACUGGGCUUGCCAUCCAACCUCCUGGUGCUUGCUGUGUACAUACGUAAGGCAUGUAAGCGGGGUGCCACACCCAAUGUGGUAUAUGCUCUAAACUUGUGUGCAGCCAACCUGGCGCUGGUCACCUGGCUGCCAGUUAAAGCUGCUGAGAUUGUCCUGCAGAACUGGGCCUUGCCAGCAGCACUCUGCCCCAUCUACAACUUCUUCCUCUUUGCCUCCCUCUACGGCAGCUGCCUCCUGCUGACGGCUGUAGCUGUGGGUCGCUACCUCAGCAUCGCCUUCCCCAUCAGCUACAAACUAUACCGCCGGGCUCAGCUGUCCUGCUAUGUCAGCAUAGGGCUGUGGGGCUUGGUGCUGUUGCACUUGGGCCUGGCAUUGGUUGCGGAGGGGGACGUGUAUUUCAUUUCCACCCACCCUGGCAGUAACAGCUCAGCCUGUUAUGACAACUUCACGAAGGAGCAGCUGGAUGUGCUGUUGCCCUUGCGACUCGAGAUGGCGCUCUUGCUCUUUCUGCUGCCCCUGGUGAUAACUGCAGCCUGCACCCUGCGUUACCUGGUGCUGGUACGCCGUUCCUGUCUGUCUGCUGGUGGUAAGAAGCGUGUGCUGGCUGUGGCCCUGUCAACAUUGUCUGUCUUUGUUGUAUGCUAUGCCCCCUACAACUUGUCCCAUAUAGUGGGAUUUAUUCAGAAGACGAAUGUGCACUGGAGAAGGGAAGCGAUACUCUCCAGCUCCUGCAACGUUUUCUUGGAGCCCGUAGUUAUGUUGUUGCUCUCUUCAACAUCCCGUCUGGUGAAAAGGCUUUGCAGGAGCUGUGGGCCCCGAGAGGGUCGCUUCCAGCAGAUACCCACCCAGACCUUGACACUGAGACAUUGA